AUGAAGCCAAGUUAUCUAGCGCAGUUGGGACAAUUCGCAAACCUACCCACUGAAAUCCGUCUGUUAGUGUGGGAGGCGCUUUUUCACCUCAAUCUCUCCAAGCCAGGCCAUACGGUUGAGAAUCCGACCAACAGCUUAUCCAUUCUGUGCUGCAGUCGAUACCUCUAUAACGAGAUUGCACACCACCUCUACGCGGACAUGGACCGCGGUUUCUUAAUAUGCUCCAGAGAACCCGACAAGCUCGGUAUCAGAAUCCAAGUUGAGUCUGAAUGGGGUAUAGUCGAACGGGAUUUGAACGACAUCCAGACCGUCCAAAGAAUUCUCGAACGUUUCCCUGGUGCUAAAAUGAGGGAUAAUAGUAUACAUGUCAAGAUUCGUCGCUCUUCCAAAAAUGACCCUGGAAGAAUGGUUCUCCUGUCAGAGCGGGUCAACCAAUUUGUGAAAGUGCUGACCGAGUUGUCGUACAUUCCAUAUGUGCAUGUGGAGCUGAUAGGCAGAUGGAACCACCACGGGGAAGCAAGGGAGAGCAUAGAGAACCAUGCCGAGUACCGUCCUGAUUAUGACAUUGUGCUUUUGCCCUUUACUCGGUUGUCAAAGUGGGAUUACUAUCUGCCAGAAGAUCUCUCAAAUGUCAUAUCAAACGAGAUCAGACUCCCAGACCAACCGAUCACUAAGAGAUCGAUGGUAUCACUUCUCGGAGAAUAUGAAUCAGGAAAAAAUGGGGACUGGCAUUGUUUUAACAUAGGCUCCGAACUGGUAGAUUCGGAAUGGCUAUUUGAACAAUGGCUUACGGACACGCGAAUAUUCCUCGACACCAGACUCGACACCCUUCCAGGAGGAACAGCAAACCUUCUCCGCCGAAGGCGAUUCGCACAUUGGUAUGAAGAUGGCGAUACCUGGAGGUCCAAGUACGAAGACCAGCUCCUCGCUGAUAUAUCCAGCAAUCUCCCUCUUCUCAUGAAACAUGAUCCUCAUCUCCUUCAAGCACGGGCAAGACAUCGAUGUGUGAUAUUCAUACACCAUCGAAUUCAUGCAGAGCGGGAUGACGAAGACGCCAUAGAGACUUUCAUCGUGCAAAAUUGGGACUCUCGGGUAUGGCUUACUGCUAGACCGAAUGGUAUCGUGCCAAUAUCGUGCCCGGAGAUGAUGACCGAGGAAGCAGCGAUAGUAUAUGACAUCUACACCUAUGUGAACGAGAUGAUUGGCCAAUUCUCGCGAGACCCGCAUUGGUGGGGAGUGGACUCGAAGGAAAUUUUCGAAAAGAGAAAGCCAUGGUGGUUUUCGUGUGUUGGGUGUCAAGACCUUGGAAGGCCCUGCCGUUGGUGCGAGAAAUAUGAUGCGGAUAAGGCAUGUCGACUUUGCAGAGAAGGGGUAUUUGCUAACGAACAUCAAAGGCAGUGA